GGCCCUUGGACUUGACUCGCAUCCAUGCUUCUCAAAUUGAGCUCCAAAGUAGGCUUGACAAACACGUUGCCAGACUUAGCCAUUUUCAGGCAGUUUCCCAGUUUUGGCAUAGCCUUUUGGUCAGGUUCAAAAAUGGUCUUCUGGACUUUCUAUUGAAGGGAGUCGGAUUAAAGCGGAGCUUCCCCCAAUAGUACCAUUCUAUAUUGAUGACAUUUGACAGUGAAAUCCUGACUGUAGUGUGGAAGGGUUUUAGCUCUCGUUCAGGCAAUGAUAUAACUGGAAACACUGUAUCAUAUCUGAAUCGUAAUUUUAGAUUCUUAUGUUUUUAUUUUUGGGAUUUUUCUCUGGGUACAAUUAUUUCUCCUUCCUUGAAGCUUAGAGUUAUGCAGAUAAUGUUUUCUUAGAGAUCUUCCUCUGAAAUUUUGUCAAACCUGUGCUCUUAUACUGUCUUUCUGUUACAGAGAGACUAGACCACGACAUGGGUGGAAUUCUCACAACCAUAUGCAAUCAUUCAUUUCACUGCUCCUGCAUCUCGAAGUGGGCAGACUCUUCUUGUCCAGUUUGCCGAUAUUGCCAGCAAAUGCCAGAAAAAUCUGUAUGUUUUAUGUGUCAAACUUCAGAGAACCUAUGGAUCUGUUUGAUCUGUGGGUUUGUUGGUUGUGGAAGGUAUAAGGAAGGACAUGCUGUGAGACACUGGAAGGAAACCCAGCAUUGUUAUUCUCUUGAAUUGGAAACACAGCGUGUUUGGGAUUACGCCGGUGACAAUUAUGUUCACCGACUAAUUCAAUCAAAAACAGAUGGAAAAUUGGUUGAGUUGCAUACCCAUUGUGUGCACGCUGUUGAUGGUUGUGGGAGUUGUGGUUGUAUGGACUCUGGAAUCAGUGAGACGCUAUUAAGCAGCAAAGUCGAAGCAAUUGUUAGUGAGUACAACGAACUCCUGGCUACACAACUUGAGAACCAGAAGCAGUACUUUGAGGCUUUACUACAAGAGGUGAAAGACGAAACUGCUCGAAAAACGUCUGAAGCUGUUAAGAAGGUUGCCAGUCAAAAAACACUAAAGUUGCAGGCCAAGUUGGAAAGAUGUACCAAAGAAAAGAAAUUUCUGGACGAUCUGAAUGAAAAUCUGGCGAAAAACCCGCAAGUCUGGAAAGUGAAGAUACUGCAGAUGGAAGAGAGCGAGAAAAAGGCUCUAAAACUAAAGGAUGACAAGAUCCAGAUGUUGGAACAACAGCUUCAUGAUUUAAUGGCUCGGUUAGAGGUUGGAAAGCUGCCCACGGAGCAGGACGGGUCAGCAACAUCAACUGCUAUCACCGAGGCGCCAAUACAUGUACAAUCAAUCUCCUCCCUACCAAGCGACACAGAAGGUGGUGUGAAAUAGGUGGCAUCUGAUGGAUAAAGUCUUGGAUGUAUGUUCGAGUCCUGUGUAGUAAUGUACAUUAACACACUGAUGAUCACAGUUAAGUGAAUGGAACCACGGUAAGUGACUUGUCCAUUACUGCUAUCACCAUUUAAGAAUCACCUUUGACCACAAUGUCUGCAAACGUACACAAAGGCGAAUAGCACUCCAUGCUACAAGCAGUUUUUUUAUCGAAAUCUGUAACUUAACUUCAUUAACCAGUGAAGGUUGUUACAUCAUCCAACUUAACUGAUAAAGGAAACAAAUCGGCGAUCUGUCUAUCCAUACAACCGCCCGUUCCAUUUGGUCUCUGCUUCAGCAAUGAGAAACCAUUGUCCAACUGGAGAAAUCAUUCAUGGAAAGAUGAUUUUGUUUUAAUGCAGGAUUUGGCGAUCUGCUGAGGCUGGUGACUGACUGUUCGACUAUAGCCUCGAGUCUAAUUAGGAAGGACGGGUUGGAUGAAAUGCUCCUGAUAGCAUUGGUUUCUCUGGCAAAGAUGUGCGCACAUACGCCUUGUUGAGAGUUCCUCUGGUCAUCAGAGUUGUUUCCGGUGAUCGGUCAGCUUAGGUAAUCCCCAGAGUGUACACUGUUCAGCAUGUAAUUUCAUCUUGAUAAUGAUCAAUUCCCAGUUGAUCAAGCAACUUUCACAUACCUCCUUGAGCCAGCGUAGGAGCUUUGCAAGUGACUUCCUUAGUUGCUCUAAAGUAUGCCUACGAAAACCAAGGGUAUAAAUGACGGGUAUUAUUCACGAGUGUCCAAAAACAUAGGGUAUGGGGAUAGGGUGCAAAACCUCCUCGUUGGAGUUUGAGUAUCUGAAAAGCGGGAAUGCAAAUGGUUCAGAAAAACCCGCUCCAAAGCUGUUUCAUUGCAGGUUUCCAAUCCUUAGACCCAACAACAAAAAGUCGCUUCCCCAUGCAAAAUAUUGAGUGACAAUCGGCUUUAAAAUCCUAAAGUGCAGACUAUUAGCUAGCCAGAUGCAGAACCCAACAGCAGUCUUUCGUUCUUAUUUAGUAGCUACCCGUUCUCCUACAUGUUCUCUUAUAACUUCUCCUAAUAAUACCUUUGCCAUACUAGAUUUGGUCAUCAUCAUCAUGGGAAAAUCUUGCGCCUCCUCCGUGGAGUCUCCCGCUUUACAUAUACUUUCUCCGUCUCGUUUAGAGGUCGGCUAGACCCAUCAGGCAAGCUCACGAACUUCCAGCCACCACCACCGCCACGUUUCCCUUGAGGUCCCAUUUUCUCCACCGUGAAGUUCCAGCCUUCAGCUGGCCGCCGCCUACUGUAUUUGUGGCAUUUCACCUUCCCAGCAAUCUACUCCCAAGGAGAAUCAUAUAAAAAGAAUGUAAGAAAAUGUGCAAGCUCACAAACUUCUUUUCAUGUAUCAAAAUUCUUUCAAAGCAGAGUGCUUUCCACAAACUGCUGCCUGGUCACUUGUAUUUAAUUAGCUUCAUAAUUCAUAGACAAGAACCUUUGAGUUUAUCUGCACUGGAUCGAAUUGUGCAAGCCAAUCACCUAAUAUAAAGCACUCUAAAGGUAGAAAUAAAACUCACUCCUAAAGAUGGAGUACAGUUCUUUGCAAUUAAAAGCACUUUUGAGGGGGGCUAAAAAUAGUAUAAUCUACUACAGAAACCCAGGUCGCCUUGGUACUACUAGAAAUCAGUACACUUUGUCAAUCAGUAAUGACUACCAUCACCAAGAUUGUCAGUCUCAAUCUCACAAGACAAAAUUGAAAUUAAACAUUGCUCAACCUUCACUCAAUCCCUUCCAGGAAAUCAAGUUGUGCCAACUUUAUUUUAUUCUAAGUGUAUUGAUAUAUUACGCCAGCAAGGUUCUGUCCAAGUGUAUUUCAUGAUUUGUUAGAAUAUAAUAAAACGGUGUAA